UUAUCGAGCGUCAUGCUCUCUAUCUUGUAAAGUCAGUACAGAUGUGUUUCUUGUUCGUCUUCGAUAUUCGUGAGAUAAUUUUUCAUUUGUCCAAUUUGACAAACAAGUAUAUCUUCAACGGCUCUGGUAGAAGUUUUAAAACUAUUUUUUCGAGCAAAAUUUUGUACGAAUAAUGCCGAUCAAAGAAAAAUGUUUUUAACUUAAAUAACCUAUCUGACACAUAUGUAUCUAUAUGCAUUUUUCCUAUCUCGUUUUGUUGUGCUUAUCGUACCGUAACGCGAUACCUGUUAGUGCGGUUCUUUUUUACUAAUCCAAAGUUUGUUCAACUAUUUAACGUACAUACUGCUUAACGAACAUAAGGAAAAGAAAGAAAAGGUGAAAUAUAGGUAGUGAGCGUAUAGUCUUACUUCAUCAUUCGACCAUUUACAAUCAAAUAACUCUGUAAAAUGUCUAGCGAAAGUGUAAAAACGUUUGCCAGUCUUGAGACUCCUGGAUAUGUAGGAUUUGCAAAUUUACCUAAUCAAGUACAUCGAAAAUCUGUGAAAAAAGGUUUUGAGUUUACACUUAUGGUUGUUGGAGAAUCUGGCCUUGGAAAGUCUACUUUAGUAAAUAGUUUAUUUCUCACAGAUUUAUAUCCUGAGCGAGUAAUUCCUGAUGCAAUUGAGAAAACUAAUCAAACUGUUAAACUCGAUGCUUCAACAGUCGAAAUUGAGGAAAGAGGCGUUAAACUUAGAUUAACAGUUGUUGAUACACCUGGUUAUGGAGAUGCAAUUGAUAAUACAGAUAGUUUCAGAGCUAUCAUUCAAUAUAUAGAUGAUCAAUUUGAGAGAUUCCUUCGUGAUGAAAGUGGUUUAAACAGAAGGAAUAUUGUGGACAACAGAAUACAUUGUUGUUUUUAUUUUAUCUCUCCAUUUGGUCAUGGGUUGAAGCCGUUAGAUAUUGAGUUUAUGAAGCAACUUCAUAACAAAGUUAACAUAGUACCUGUAAUAGCGAAAGCUGAUGUACUUACUAAAAAGGAAGUAUUACGUCUGAAGAAAAGAGUUAUGGAAGAGAUUGAAGGCAGUGGAAUCAAAAUAUAUCCUUUACCAGACUGUGAUAGCGACGAAGAUGAGGAUUAUAAAGAACAAGUACGUCAAUUAAAAGAGGCUGUUCCAUUUGCAGUAUGUGGUGCAAAUACUUUGCUUGAAGUCAAAGGAAAGAGAGUACGUGGUCGAUUAUAUCCGUGGGGUGUUGUUGAAGUUGAGAAUCCUGAUCACUGCGAUUUUAUUAAAUUGAGAACAAUGCUAAUUACACAUAUGCAAGAUUUACAAGAAGUAACACAAGAAGUACAUUACGAAAAUUAUCGUAGUGAAAGAUUGGCUAAGGGGGCCCCAGUACCACCUCGACGUCAGACUCUUGUAGAAUCCGAGAAAAACAGUGCUGUAUCGGACAAGGAUCGUAUAUUGCAAGAAAAGGAAGCGGAAAUACGGCAUAUGCAAGAAUUGUUAGCUGUAAUGCAAGCACAGAUGCAACAACAGCAACCUUGAUUAAAGAUGCUCUUUUAUACCUACAUGUGAAGAAAAUGGCUCUUUACUGUUAUGUGUGUGCCAAAAAAUUUAUAGAACUUUUAAUAACAUAUAUAAUCAAGAUCUUGACAUGGAUGCAAUAUUUUCGUAAGAUUGUCUUUAUUAAGACGAUCUUAACAUACUAUAUGCAUUCUCUAGACAUGUAAUAUUAUAAAAACUUUUAUACUAUUACUUUCGUAAUAGUAUAAAAAUUAACAACAUUUUUUAUACAUUUUCUCAAUGAGCUAUGAAUUAUAUCAUAUUUAAGAUUUCUCUAUAUCUCCUACAGUCGUUUUAUAUUAUAAUAUCAGAAAUCGUAAAUAAAUAUACAUUUGCAAUUUACUUUUA